AUGGGCAAUCUUGCUUUAAAUAAACCAUUGAAAGCAUCAGCGCUUUACAAAUCAGACAUGAAAGAUACACAGGCUAACAAUGGUGAUGUUACUGAACCAGAGGCACAUUAUGCAUCACAUUCGAGUGCGAAGGACCCUUUCUGGCGAGUGGACCUACUCGACCUUUAUCUUGUCACAACGGUUGAAAUUGUAACUCGUGUAGAUGGCUUCUUUUACCAAAAUGGCGUAAUGGAAGUUCGAGUUGGUAAGUCCGGUUGUAGAAAGAUUGGCUUGCGCUAUUCACAGAAUAGUAACUUUUUGAAACAGCGACAAUUGCAACAUAGACGGAUUUCCAGCUUUUGCUCGGGGGAGUGUCGAAAAUUCGGGGGGAGGAGGUGAGCGAGGGGAUGCGUAACGCCGCCGAGCAAGCUGCAGUAGAGGGUUUGGGGGAAAGUCCCUAGUGGGUACAGAGUUGAGGUGAGGGAACGAACUCCCCAGGGAAAAUGGAAAAAUUUGAGGAUUUUGGUCUUAUUUUGCUCAAAAUCCUUUGUUUUUAGUCUUAUUUAGUUCAAAAUCCUUAUUUUAAUUGUACUACUGUCAUCUUAAUCCAGUGGAAACCAACAAGCAUUCAAAUUCCUGGGGCGUGUACAAAUUUCUCUAAGUGGGGUGCGAAACUUUCUAAGAGGCAGCAAAAAUUUUUUGGGUACCCUGCACCGCCAAAAAAAUCCAUCUGGCCAACGACAGAAACAAAAACAACUGACGAAGAAACAGUGACUACUUAACAUAGCUUAACGUAGCUUGCGUGGCAGGCUCUCUAGGUUUGGGGGAGGCGAUGGAAAAUGGAAAAAAAAUUUUGGGGUACCCCCCAAUUUUUUUCCCAUUAUCCCCCCCCCCAAAAAAAAAAUAUUCUAUUUUCCAUCACCUCCCCCAAACCCAGAGAGCUAACUACAACGCGGCCGCAACAACGACAACAGUGACAACAGCUAAGAAAUAAAAACAAAGUCCUCUUCCAACUAUUUCCAUCUUUUGAUGAAAUUUUUUGUACCACUUCACAGGAAACAGUUUAGAGAACGAGGGGAAUUCAAAUCCACUAUGCGGUGAACCUAAGGAUUUAAGUGAUUUGCCCCGUCAUGUAUAUCGUUGUGAACUGUACGGAAGAUAUGUGAAUGUAAAGAAAUCGAAUAUUCCUACCGUUUAUAUUUUAAUAUUGCAAGAAGUUUUUGUUAAUAAAGAACCGACAAGUAAGUACUUCACUAAAACUAAACCAAGCUAAACAAACUAUUUUGUACUUUAUUGCUCUGUCAGUUUUAAACUAUUCUCCCUAUUAAAGGGCAAUACCAACAAAAAUAUUUGACUGAAAGCAAUGGGCUGUCCGCCAUUUUGGAUUAAUUCUUAACCUCCAUUAGCUAUCGUUUUGAUGACGUUAUGAGUUAACUUAUAAAAUUACUUCUAAGUUACUGAGUAACAAUCAAACAUUGUUUAAAUUGUUUUUAUUUAAUUCGAAAUUUAAAAUAGGUAGUAAACAAAAAUGCGUUUUCAGGUUCAUAUUGAUCACUGGCUAUUAAAGUACAAAACUGGCGUGACCUCACUUGUGACCUAAGGGACUGGUCAUAAUUUAUCAGGGGGGGGGGGGGGGGAGGUGUAAUUCAAAAUUUUAAGGAAUGAUAUUUUGUGACCCUGCUUUGCCAUAACCCGGUAAUAAUAUACUAUAACUUUUUUUUAUGUGAGAAGAAGAACAAAAUGUGAGUGUAUAAAACUUGAUUGGUCAAAACAGCAGACUCCCUCCCCGCCUUCAUAAACUGUCUAAUAUUUGAACCCCCCUUUUUUUGGCUAAAAAUGUGACAUACCCCACAGUUUCCACCUCCCCACCCCUCCUGCUAAAUUAUGACCAGUCCCUAAUGUGCAUAUCUUCAAUAAUCCAAGAUGGCGGACAGUUCAUUGCCCUCAUUGCUUUCAGUCAAAAUGUUUCAAGAAUCAAGCAAGAUACCGUAUGAAACAUCUGUAACGAGACUUUAGAGAUAAUUUUAAACGUUCUUUCAAAUGAGACAAUGAAAAUUGUGUUGCCAUUGUAUUUAAAGAUGCUGUAAAGUCCGUUCUGUGCAUAUAUUCUGCGCAUCAACACAUUUCAUCAGUGGAGGAGCAACCUUUGGAAUGUUAAUAUUUCGAACUUUCUUGAAUUGAAUCUCCAGUCUGCAUUCAUUUACAAGCAUAGCGAACCGGAAGAGUGUUAAAAAUUCAGCAUAAUAUAUAUCUAAUCAUAUUUUACAACUGUAGCACUGAGUUCAAAAUGUAAACAAAGCGUUUGUUUAGAUUACGGACUUUACAUCACCUUUAAAGUGAUGCAUCAGUAAUUGUUCUGGAAAUGAAUCAUGAGAGGGGUAAAGUUCAUGAUAUGUUCAUAGCAAAAACAAGUAAAAAAGUUGGGAUCACCGAACUUGGUUCGAAGAUAUGACAAGUGCAAUAUGCCACCUUUUCCCCCAUUUUGCGCCAUCUUAACCCUUUUAUAAGUUACAGAAACAAUCGAAAUUGCUCAACUAUUAUUGAAUUUUUUUAACAACAUCCUACUAAAAAUAUCUAUCUAGUGAUUAUAUACAGGAAAACAUGGUAUUUUAGCGAAUCAAAAACCAUUGACGUGCACUAUCGUGGUGCAAAGAUGUCAUUUCCCAUCAACUUCUCAGACAGGUUAUUGUGGGAAGCAUGCGCGAAAAAUGUGAAAUAUUAUAAGCUGCAGAGAUGAUUUUUUUCUUAUUUUCUGAUUUGACAUAUAAAACGUGUAGAAGAACAAAAAUAUUAAAAAAAAGUAGAGUCGCGGACCUUCUUCAAGAUAUACAAGGGUUAAACAUGCAACAUGAUGUUGUUUAGUGUUAGUUGCACAGCAACCUGCAAAAUUAACCAGCCGUCCUGUGGCAGGUUGCAGGUUUGCAAUUCCCUACAUCCAGACGAUGAAUGAGAUCAGUGACUGAUCUCCACUUCCAGUUUUCAUCACAAACAAUAACUUUAUUCAAACAAAAAAUUCAGAAAUACCAAUACUGGUAAUAAUAUAUAGAAUACAGCAAAUGUCUAUUAUAAGCUAUACUAGAAAAUACAUGCAUGCAGAAACCCUCGCCUUGCUGACAAAACUAUUGUGUUUUCCAAACAUGAAGUAUUGUCAUGGUAACACAAUAAUUUUAAGAAUGGUUUUAAAAUUAAAAAAUCCCCCCAAAAUGAUCAAUUUCCAAAAUGUGCUAGGUAUGUUAUUAUACGUAAUAUAAGCUUCAAUUUAAUGUAAAAAUCAACAACAAACGCUUCGCAAAGCGUUUCAAAAUGUUCUUAAAACUAAUCUGCCUUUUAUUGGUAAACAUUAAGUUUCAAAAUCGAAAUAGAUUGAUUUCAAAUUCUUGCAUGAAAACAUUCUCGUACGCAGAGCCCUUCUUACGCGCGGUGCGACGAGGGGCUCUGGCCAAAUCCAUAUUCCGAACUGGCAUCUGAUUGGCUAGUUCUAAUACCGGAUAUUGUUUCUUCACCAUGUUUUUUUGGCCUAAUUUUCAACGAGUGACCGAGUGAAAAUGGCUCUGGGAACGAGAACGCAACUGCUCCUGUUUAGAUCUUAAGGAGUUAAGGUGGAGUUACACGAGCAACAAAAUUGCAACAAAAACUGGAACUUGCAACAAAAUCUGAUUUCAACGCAUGUUAAUUGAAAAUGUUUACACAUAAAUUACAAAUCACAAGGCAACAUGUAUCGACAUUUCUAUUUAACAUGCGUUGAAAUCAUAUUUUGUUGCAAGUUGCAGCAAUUUUGUUGCUCGUGUAACACCAGCUUUAAACUAUAUAGUUCUUCCUUCAAAAUUUUCAUCCCUAAAAUACCGGAACAAUUUCUUUCGUUGAGCGAGAUUUCAAAAAUAUCGAUCGUCCAGUUUUGCAGGGCGAACAAUUUUCGACGGUGUUGAACUGGUUUGAACGAAUCUUUAAUUGCUGUCUUCUUUUCUUUUCAAGCAAACGUUGCUUUUGGCAAAACCACAUUCCACAGCUCAAGGUACCAAGUGGCGGCCGGCUCUGACAAGGCAGUAGAUGGAACAGUUGAUGGAUUUAAUUCAAAACCUGGCCAUUUUCCACAUUGGUGUAUGAUUGAUUUGGGAGAGACCAUACCCAUUGUGAAGAUAUUUCUCGUGCAUAUACACAAGAUUGACAGAUUGAACAAGAUGAUUGUAACUAUUGGUAUGUAUGAUUGGGCCUGGUGCCACUUGAUUAUAGUUUUAUUUAUUUAUUUAUUCUCUUAAUAAACAAUGGUGGGUAGUAGCAAAUUGGUUGUAGUUACUGUAGCGAUGCUACUGUAGCAAAGCUACUGUAGCGAAUUACAAUUUUCAAGUAGUGAGUAGUUUUUGACUACUUUUUUAAAACAGUUGUUGUAGCUGUGUAGUGAACUUUUUUUUUCAGUAGCGAAGUAGUUGAUUACUAGUAUUUCAAGCAACAACUGCUAUUCGCCACUUUUCAAAUUUCACCUAAUCUCUGAAUGGACAUAUAAACAAAAUAUGAUACCACACCAAAUCUCACUACCAGAGCGUGCAAAAUAUUUGUCCUCUUAGUCCACCGCCAAGAACGUCAGAGUUUGAUUGGCUUUCUUAUACAUAGCCAGCGCUCAGUCUCCUAACCUUGUUGUAAUACUGUAUACAGUAAUUCAGGCGAUAAGUUAGCCAGCGAUUAGCUAGCUGAGUUCUCCAAUAGCUUGCCCCAAGGUUGUGUUUAUACACAAAGACGGACCUUCGUCUUGACAAAUGAUCCACAUGCUUGCAGUGUUUAUGUCAGUGACAGUGGUUGAUAUAGUGGUUUUCUUUUGCUCAAGUUUGUGUCAAAAUUAGAAAUAGUCAAUAAGAAAAUGAGAAUGCCGUUUAGUUUAGCUCUACUGUAGUACUUACACUGUUUUUGCCGCUUGUUGUAUUUAGUUUUAAUUUUGUUUCAUUUUAGGUGACAGUUCAACCGACCAUGGCAAGGAUAACCCGCGAAUGGGUGGUAUACAUGAUUUUAGCAAAAGCCAAACAACAACUCUGUAUAAUAAUCCCCGUAUGUCUGGUCGUUAUGCGACCAUUGAAUCAUUAAGAGAUGAGCAAAUUGCCUUUAAGGAAAUUGAGUUAUAUUCGGAGUCGAUGCGUAAGUAUUUGAAAAUUGGUUAG